UUUGACCAGUUCCCAGUCUAUGCUCAAUGCCCCAACUGUCACAGGAGAGUACUAACACACGUUGAAUAUAAAUCCGGUCGUAUCACACUCAUUUUUACAAUAUUACUCUGUCUGUUAGGACUGUGGUGUUGUAUAUUCCUGCCAUUAUGCAUCAGUGCCUGUAAGGAUGUGGUUCACGUGUGUCCAGACUGUCAUUCGAGAAUAGGGACCUACAAAAGAUGGAAGAACUGAUCUUCGAUUUUCUCUCAUAUAAUAGACUACUUAACACUGCUAUAUUGCUUGUGUGUUUUUGUGAUGGAUUCCUCUAAUUGUGUUAUUUUUAAGGCCUUCUGAUCACUGAUUGCAGUUUUACUUAUGAA